GUCUCACUAGAGUUGUGGCCAAUAAUGGAUACCCAUCUCUAAUAAGAACAACAACAACAAGUAGCAGCAGAAUAUCCAAAACCAAAUUCAAAGCAAAUAAUGAGCCACGGAGGUUGCCGAUUUUAGCGCGCUAGCCUGCUGGUCUGUGAGCCCUCCGUAUGUGCCCUGGAACCCGAGACUCGGUUUCGUAUUUGGCUCCCAUUGUCAUUGUGCGCCGAUGAAUAAGUGCCCCCCCGUUCGUGUGCUGGGCGUGUGUGUGUGUGUGCGUGAGAAAAACACCCACCUUGAACGUUAAAAACUCAAAAACAAACAAACAAGCGGGCCAGGUUACGACUUACAUUAGUGGGCUACAGUUACAGUAGGCCUCCAAGAGCUGGAUCGGCACCCCUGGAAGCACCCGUAGCCCUUGGGGCACCUGACAAUCAGAAAAAGAAGCCCUCGAACCGAAAACCACGACCCAUCCGGGGCAAAAUAAUAAUAAUCGUUGGGUGAGCGCGCUAACUAUAAAUAGAAAAGCCAGCAAAAAAAAAAAGCAACAACAGCAGAAGCAGCAGAAGUGAGCAGCCAACUGUCCAAGUUCCAUAUAUACAUAUAUCCAUAUCGACGCAGAAGAGGAAAACCCCCAGAACACAGUAUUAGUCCUCAUUCCGAGAUUAAGAAUUAAGGAAACCAGUUGGUUGAAUAGCAGCAGGUUUCAGCGACUCAUACCGGACACAGAGAACACAUAUCAUUCGCCUGGACAUGGAGCUAGUGGGUGACACCAUAUCCAAUGGAUCAUCAUCAGCGGAUCCACCAGUUCCGGCCAAAUCCACACUGAACAUUGUCAAGCAGCGUUUCAAAAAAGACGAGGACAUACUCUACAUAUUCGAGUCGUAUCAGCUGAAGGGCCCGGAGUAUGUCACUCAUUUACUUGUGCUGGUUUCCUCGGAAUCGGGCGGGACCUAUGCCAUCGUAUCAUUCUCCUGCCAACGGACACCACUUAGCUCCGUGAACGAGCUGGUCAUCGGCAAGGUAUUCGCCAUCGAUGAGCAAUUCAAGUUGCGUCAAGAUGACACGAGCUCGAUAGCAGCACAGCAGUUUGAUCUGUUUUCUGGCGAGGAGGGCCCCAUCAAGUAUUACUAUUAUCCCUCGGAGACGGCCAAAUUUGAGGAGUUCUACGCCACGGUUGUCAACUGCCAGGCGCUCAUGACCGCCAUCCAUCUGGACACGGUGCUCAACUUUCGGUGGCUGAACGAUUACCGACAGAUCGGUGAAGUGAAACAGGAGCUGAAGAAGCGCGAGAGCGAGUAUAUGAUCUACCAGGACACCAAAAUAUACUGCGCCACUUGGAAUGUAAACAACAAGCAGUGCUUGAACGGCAGCCAUUCGCUGAGAACCUGGCUGUCGCGCAGCGAACAACCGCCGGAUAUCUAUGCCAUCGGUAUCCAGGAGCUCUAUGUGCCCGCCAAGAGCAUGCUGAGCUCCACAGACGCCGCAGCUGACGCCCAAUGGAUAAAUAAUAUGAUAAACAGCAUGUAUCCGGGAGUGGAGUACUCCAUUCUGAAAUCCUACCGCAUGAUGGCCGUCUUCCUGAUCGUCAUCGUGAGGAAGCCAUUGAAGCAACAGAUCCUCAAUGUUCGCUGCAACUACGUGACUCGUGGCAUUUUCAAUGCCCUUGGAAACAAGGGAGGCGUGGCCAUUAGCCUGCAACUGAAUGAGGGGAACAUUUGUUUCGUCAACUCCCAUUUGGCGGCCCAUUCGGGUCAGAAGGCGGCUCGCAACCAGGACUAUCAGGGCAUCGUUGGGGGCAUGUCCUUUGAAGACGGCCGAACCAUCAACGAUCACGACCACAUCUUCUGGCUGGGUGACCUGAACUACCGCCUCAAGGAGCGAGAGCCGCAACCGGGACCCUUGGACGAUCCCCAGCUUCUGCUGAUAGACGACGAGCUGCGCGAGGAGAUGAACAACAACCAGUGCUUCAUUGGCUACUCCGAGGGUGACAUCAAGUUCCAGCCAACGUACAAAUUCGAACCCAACACCGACAACUACGACAUGCGCCGGCUGCCGUCCUAUUGCGAUCGCAUUUUGUGGAAGGGCACCCGCAUCGAGCUGCUGGAGUACAAUAGCAUCAUGGAGAUACGUCAGAGCGAUCACAAGCCCGUUUAUGGAGUGUUCCAUGUGAAGAUUAAGACCCGCGAUCACGCCAAAUACAAGCGGGUGCAGGAGGAGGUCCUGAAGGCGGUGGACAAGCGGGAGAACGACAACCAGCCCCAGAUCGAAGUGGACAAGACCAUUAUUGACUUUGGCCGUGUCCGCUUCAACGAGCCCAGCUCGAGUUACUUCAACGUCUACAACACCUGCCCCCUGCAGGUGGACUUUAGCUUCAAGGAGAAGGACAUCGACUCCAUCUGUGAGCCGUACUUACAGAUCGAUCCGCGGGAGGGUUCGUUGCUCAUCGAUUCGGCUCGCAGCAUCUGGCUCAAGAUGCACGCCGAUGUCCGGAGCAUUUCCGGGCUGCUGCGCAAGAUCCGGACAAAUGAUAACUUUGAUAUCCUCAUCCUGCACGUGAAGAACGGCCGCGACAUCUUCAUCACAGUGACGGGCGACUAUCAGCCGAGCUGUUUUGGCCUCUCCAUGGAGACGAUGUGUCGCACCGAUCGGGCACUGAGCGACUACUCCCAGAGUCAGAUCAAGGAGCUGAUGAAUAACAACUCGCCACACUAUCGGGUUACGAUGCCAAGGGAGUUCUUCCUGCUGAUUGAUUAUCUUUAUAAGCAGGGUGCCCUGCAGCAGGGGGCGUUCCCUUCCUACGAGUCGCGUAAUCAGCUCAAGGCCGACUUUAAUGCGGUGCGCGACUGGCUGGACACCUGGUCCCAGGAUCCAUUCCCUGCAAGCGUGGAGACAGCUGCUCAGGCGUUGUUACUUCUGCUGGACCUGCCGGAGCAGGCGCUGCUGGAGCCAUUUGUGGAGAACCUGCUGAACAGCGCCAGCAAGCAGGAGGCCAUGAACUACAUCGAUUUGCUCAGUCCGCCCAAUCGGAAUGUCUUCAUGCAUCUGUGCAUGUUUCUGCGGGUGGGCAUUGAAAGUGGCUACUACGAUAUGCAUCAAGUCGCUGUCACCUUUGGCCGGAUCCUGUUGCGAAGCAGCGAGUGCUCCGCCUUGCCAAAUUACCACAGCAAGUGCUGUGCAUUUAUGAAGAUGUUCAUUGAGAGCGACGAGGAGUUAAUGGGUAAUGGGAAUGAUUCUGGAGCUGGUUCUGGAACCAGGAGCACCGGACUGCACGCUUAGUCCCCACAUCGAUACCCACCCACUCACACUCGAUAGUUGUACACUGUUGAUAUUUAAAUGUACGAAAUAGUGUUAGCUUAUUUAUUUUACUUGUUGGUACACACUUUGUUGGUCCACCCACACGCCGGUGCACCCUAGCAUUUAUGUAAAUUUCUCUGUUUUACCUGUUAAUUGUUUGUGUCCUUUUCCGUUCAUUCCAAUCGCAAAAAAGCAACAAGCUUGGUUAUUAUGUUCUUGUUAUCACUCGAAAAACACACGCACACAACACACACACACAUCACGCGGAAGAGCAAGGCACCUGGACAUUGAAUGUCCAAGGGUUUAUCUAGUAUUUAAAACAAAUGGAAACCCCCCCACGUAAAGCAGGAGGCCAACGCUAAAAUAAAUCUAUUGUGUAAAUAAUAUAUCCAAAAAGAAAUGGCGCCGAUCGGGUAUACUUCACCCGUUAAAACAAUGUUUAGUUGAGCUAACUAUCUUAGAUUAAUAAAAUAUGUCCCCGGUUUCAGUUCUCCACUGAAGAUAAAUAAACACCGUUACUAGCAGUAUCUAAAA